GCCCUCCUCUUCCCAGACCAGCAACAAGACCGGUCUUCUCCUGUAUAUAAGCCUCCUCUGAGCUGCUGAACGCUACAGUCACUCUGCUUCCUUCGUUGCAGCAUCGGUCCACCCUCAGCAUUGGUCCAACACUCAGCAUGGCUCCUCAGCUGGUCCUCGCUGCCCUGGCUCUCGCCUGUCUCGGCGUCGCCUCCCAACCCGACUGCAAUGAGUUGGUCAAGCCCCUGGCGGAUCUCGGAACGUCUUUAGGGAAAUGGAUUUUCUACGCGGGGACCACAGAUACAGAGGAAUCACUGGCCAAACUGAAGACCUUCAGUUCGUCCUGGAUUAAUCCGAAGCGCUAUCCCACUGAUGCCCCCGAAACCUUGGAGUUUGCAGACAGAGUGGACGGAAAAUGCAUUCAUUUCGAUGCAAACCUCACCGCUGUAGGAGACAGGCUCCACUUGGCCUACACCUUCGAGAACCACACGUUCCUCGUGGACGGCCAUCACCUGGAGACCUGCCCCGACUGCCUCCUGUGGACGGACACCACCACAAGCCCCGGCCUACCGGACAGCAAACAUCUGUUCAUCUUCACCAGAUCCGGCAACCUGAGUCUGCCCGACCUCAAAGUGUUCAAGCAGCAGGCCGCCUGUCUCAAUUUCACCUUAGGCUUGCACAUGGGUAGCACCACAGAUCUGUGCCCGGAGGAGAAAGAAGAGAAACCCGUGAAGGAAGACGAGUAAAGACCUGUCGUUUGAAUCUGUAGAACCUGUUGUUCUUUCUGAACUUUGUUGAAUUCACACACAGAGAGGCUAAUAAAAAGAAUGUACCCUUAACAA